GCCACGCAGAGGAAAACGAGUUUCGGACCGCCAUAAUAGCGCCAUAGCGGUGUGUACUUCGUCCCGCUCGUUCGUUGUUCGCGACGCGACGCUUACCGACGCUCGGCGUCGUUUAUUAAAAUUCCGAUUAAUGAGCGAAUAGAUUCAUAUCGCGAUUAUAUUCGCGGUGUAUUAAAAGCGUGAAUAGACAAAACUACGAGGAGGACUCGAGGUAAGAACGACGUGAGAGACGCGUGAGUUGCGUGUCUUCGUGGGUGCUUGAACGAGCACGAUUGGCAGGAAAACAUGGAGAACAGACCGGCGCCGCUCCGUUCCAGGAGAGUCUGUCGGUUUUGUCUGACAGAAUCUGAACCACUGAACUUCAUUUACGAAAGGGAUCACAGCAAGCCGUUCCAAGUGCCGCUUACCCUGCAGAUCAUGUCGUGCGUCGCCAUCGAGGUGUACGCAGCUGAUGGGAUGCCACAAAUGAUAUGUAGUAUGUGUCGCUGGAACCUGGAUCGUUCUUACAAAUUCAAACUUCGGUGCAAGAAAGCAGAUGAAGCGCUAAGAGCUUAUCCACUGACUGGCUUUUUACCAAGACCAUUUCCACCGCUUCCUAAUGAUCCACCUGAAACAAAUAAUAAACGACCUUUGGAGCAGAGAUCACAAAAUGAAGGAAUAAAGAAGCCUCGUGUUGACAAUGGUGAUAGAGAAAGACGAGAAACACGUGAACGAGACAGAGACAAGGAUAGGGAUAGGGAAAGGGACAGGGAUCAAGAACGAGAAAGAGAUAAAGAUCGUGAUAGAGAAAGAGAAAGAGAGAGGCAAGCAGAAAAUGAAAGAGAAAAGGAUGAGCAACAUGACUUCUAUGAAGAAGAACAGGAUGUUGGCAGUGAAGGAGAUCAAGACUCGAAAAUGAUUAAAGAAGAACGGAAAUUGGAACCAGGUGAAAUAAGAGUACAUGCAUGCGAUCAGUGCGAUCGCACGUUUCCCUUACGCCAAGCUCUUCUUCUUCAUGUUCAAAGAGCUCAUCGAGAUCGUAACUAUAAAUGCACGGAAUGUGACCGUAUGUUCUUCUCUAAAUAUGAUCUUGCAAAACACAUGACUACGCAUUCGGAGCAGAAACCCUUCGCCUGUCCAAUUUGCAACAAACAAUUUUCGAGAGCAAAUUUAUUACAACGUCAUGAAAAAGUUCAUAGAGAUGAAUUACGAUACGGUUGUCAACACUGUGACCGUGAAUUCUUUACAACCGAAGAAUUAGAGAAACAUGAAGAUACCGUGCACAAAAAAGAAAAACCUUUUCAGUGCAACAUCUGCAACAAACGUUUCACAUACAAACAAGGAUUAGAACGUCACGAGGUGCUACACAAUGAAGAUAAAACUUUCGUUUGCGAGUACUGCAAGGAAGCAUUCCGUACGAGUACGAAGUUAGCUCGUCACCUAACGACUCAUGCUGGGCAUAGACCAUACUUAUGCAAAUUAUGUCCUCGUACAUUCCUGCUAUCUCACCACCUAACUCGACAUAUGCGUACACAUUCUGUAGAAAAACGUCAUGUUUGCGAAGAUUGCGGCAAAGCAUUCAAACGUAAAGAGAGCUUGGAAGUACAUCAACUAACGCACACAAAACGCACAGGUAUGGGAUUGACUUGUGAUGUAUGCCAGGAGUCUUGUCGAAAUAGAGCCGAUUAUGUCACUCAUAUAAAACAACACAUUGAAGCAGGUGAAAAAAUGGGACCAGAUGGAUUACAGCCAGACAGUAAAACCAAACUUGAACUAGAUUCUGAUGAAGAUGAAGAAGAGGAACAAUAUUCAGAUGGAGACGAUGAUUACGAACCACCAGCAUAUAUUGUGAAAAAACUUCCAAAACCAAGUAAAAGUAAUGAAAGCGAUGAUGAAACAGAAAGGGGAGAUAAAGAAGAAAGUCAAAAGGAGCAGGUAGUAUUUGUAAGACGUAAAGAUGGAAAUAUGAUUAAAAAGACAAUUAAAACACUGAUGCCUAUCCAGCGCAGAGAAGUGCAAGAUACAAAAGUGAAACCAAGUCUAAAUAGCAGUCAGGCUCAAUUGGGUGUAAAAUCUGUACAGUCUAAGACAUCUGAGGAAUGUGCAAAGUCUUCCCGCAUGGAUGAAACAGAAGCACAAGUUCAAAAAAUUGUUGCAUCUGUAUUUAGAGAGCACAAGAUUCCUUUGAAACAUGCAAGUCCUACUCAAGAGCAAGGUAAAGAAUUAUCUACAAAGGGUACUGUACAGAAUCAAUCAUCUAUAAAAGAGGAAAAAUUAGAAAUACCUUCUACGAUCAGUAGUACACCAAAAGCUGUUAGUACUGUUAAGGUAAUAAAGAGAAUUGUUACGAGGAAACCUGGUGGAAGCACAGAAACUACAACAAGUGUACCUUCACUAAAAGAAGGAGAUGCAACAGGUACCACUUCUCAAACGUCUAGUACAGGUCACAAAGUUACAAAAAGGGUAAUUGUUCGACGAAUUAUUCGACAAGGAGAUACUACAAGGGAGAUUAUUAUGAAUCCAGAUGGAACAAUAAUAGAUCCAGCGGAGUUGGCAAAAUUACCAACUGGUAACGUAGUAAAAAGAGUUGUUGUGAAGAAACCUCUUGAUAAGCAUUCAAAUUUGAUUCAGGCCGUGUUGCAACCAUCCACGAGUCAACGACAACCAACAAACACAAUCAAAAGUAAUGAGACUGUAUCGAACGAAUCUCAAAAGUUCGAAGUAAAAACGUCACAACCUGCAAGUGUAUCGCCGCCAAUGGCAAAAGUAACAGCAACACCCGCUGAGAAACUAGCCUCCACGGGAGGUGAUCAGGAGACUAAAGAAAAAUUGGAGCAACUAGAGAAGAGAGUGGAACAACAACGCUUGAAAAUUGAAGAAUUGGAAGCACGUAAACAACAGGAAUAUGAACCUAUAGAAGAAUUAUCACCAGAACGUCAUGAUGAGUCCGACGAUGAACAACAAUUACCACUGAAAAGGGUAUUUGUGAAGAAAAAGCAAAGUAUGUACGAUGAAGAACAAGAAUAUAAUGACAAUGACGUAACAACAACUACUCCUAUAACGACAACACUCGCAACAACAAUAUCUACAGGAACAACAGCUACGGUAACAACUCCGGCGACAGUAACAAUGGAAAGUACUCAAGGUGAGCCAGAAAAAGAAUUGCCCGAUAUCGAAAUGAAAGAAGUGGAAAAUACACAGAAAGAACCUGUGAUACCGCCAAAAGCAACAUCUACGCCUGUAGCAACGCCCAGAAGAGAAGGUAAGCCAUUGAUAACCAGUUCGAAAGUUUAUGGAAAUAAAAAAAUUAUUGUUGUAAAAUCAGACGAAGUAUCAGAAGUAGAAGAGAUGAGUCGUGAAUUAUGUAAUAUAUUGGAUUCGGCGGACUCUGUGGUGAAGAUGCAAGAAUCGGUUUUAAGUAAUCUCUCUCAAAUGUCUACAAUUGGGGAGUCUUCUCAGAAAACGUAUACUGAUAAACCAAAAGCUGGUCCUUCGAAAGCGGAUGAUAAUACUGAGGGCGAUCAUCCUCGUGAUGAUCAUGAUGAUCGCGAUGGUCGCGAUGUUCGCGAUGAUCACGGCGAUAAUGCUAAUCAUGAUGAUCAUAAUGAUGAUGUAGAAAAAAGGGAAACCGUAGUUGAGAUCCAAAAUGAAGCUGAGGCCCCGAAAUUAGAGGAUCCUGAAAUAUUAACUGUAGAUACUUCGCUAGAAUCUGACUUUAAGAAAGAACCUAAAUCCGAAGACCAAGUUGUUGUACAACCCGAACAAAAUUCUACUCUCUCCUUAGACGAACAAGACCUUUCGGAGUCCACAGACAUUUUUGAACCUUCAGAGAAUGUUUUGGACGUUCAAAAAAGUCAAUUAAACGAUUCUGUGAUUGAACUUGAACACGAAAAUCAUACGAUAAGCUUGAAUGAUACUAACGACAGUCAAGACAGUCUUGAAGAUAAACUUCAACAAAUGGAGGGUUAAAUUGCUUUCCACAAAAGUGUAAAAUGAGAGAUGCGACAAAGUUUUGAAUAUUACACUUUUGAUUACAAUUUUAUAAAUUUGAAACUCGACUUCGAUGCAUUUGGAUAGAUAAAAUGAACACAUCGAUCGUUUUAUCGCUAAAUUCCUUAAGUAAUCCCAUGAAUUUAAGAUAAUCAGAAUCUUACUAUAUUGUAUCUAAACUUCCUUAUGUAUUUUUUAUUUUUCCCGUGUGAUAAUUGUAGGAUUGGAUUACGUCUGCAAUGUUAAUUAUUAACGAUAUCAGUAAGGUACGAAAAUAAAACCUGCUAUCUAUUAAUAAACUUUGCUGCAUGAAAGAGAAAAAUUUUAUUUGAAUUAUUAUAAUAAAUUUUUGUUAUCCAUAUUAUUUUACCAAUUGUGCCAGUUGCGUUAAUCCAAUUGGAAGAAUUUUUAGACUUAGCUAAUCUGUUUAGGUAUCUAAUUCAACGUCUGGAAUUUAUGCACAUAAAUACCGAACGUAAAACAUGUAUAUACAUCGGAAGUUACGUUUUAUUUCGAAUGUAUCUGCUUUGUUCUUAAUAGGAGAUUCGUCGACGAAUCUUUUUAUUUUGUGCAGUUAUCGAAUUACAUUUUUCCAUAUUGUUAUUCAAAACUGAAUCCAUUAUUGGGAACACAAGGUACUUUAAAGAAUUAAACUUACUGUAACACUUAAUGGUAACUGUGCGAGACUAGGAUGGAAACGGUACAUAGACUACUCGAUAUUCUAUAAACAUUUGAAGUUGUGUAUCAAAUACAAACCAUGGUGUGUAAAUGUAAAUAUAAGUGUUGCUUAUUUCACCAGAAAAUCCUCUUCUAUCCUUUUAGAAUAGAUAAUCUUCUCUGCUGGAAUUUCGUAUAAAAUAUGUAUAUUUUAUUUCAUACAAUAGAACAUAGGUCAUGUAGAUAUACAUUUUAUUUUAUAUAAUAUUAUUAUAAUAUUAUAUAAAUAUGAUUACAUACGUGAUAAUACUAUCUCCGUCGUACUUUAGUGUACAAUCAUUAAAAAUCAUAUGUAACUUAUGACUAUAAAUAUAAUAGAUAUAAAAUAGCAAUGAAUAGUUAUCGGUAAACCAUCAAUAAGGAUGUACAAAAAAUUGGUUAAAUACUGAAAGCAUAUUAUCGUUAGGACUUACAAAUUAUAUUUCUGAUCACGUACUAUGUAGGAGAAUAAUUGUAUAAUUAUAACCUGCGGUAUAAUACGUUAAAACAGAUGAAUAAAAACAUCAAAAAAUAAUAUAAAAUAACUUCUGACGUUUCUUAAAUGCGCUUAUUCUUACCGAAUUUAAUUUUUGUAUCAAUGAAAUUUCUCAGAAUUUAUCAACAGACAGAAUUACAUUUAAGCAAUGCUAGAUGUCGCCACUAUGAAAUUUGGUCGUACAGAAUCGAUCUUUGGUUUUUGAUUAUCGUUCGAUUAUCGAUACAAUGAAUUCUCCUACACUUUGAAUUUGUGACAAAAAUAAGUUUAUAAAUAACGCGGAUGAAACGAACGUAUGUAAAUGAAUUAUUUGUAAAAUGCUCGUUAUAAAUCAGAUCGUAAAUUGUAAACUCAAUUCUCUUAAAAUCACCUGAUAUCAAGAGUUUGUAGUCAUUAGAACGUUAUAAUCUACUUUAAUCAUCUUGUCAGGUUGCAUAAGUUUAACUGUAUGUAUUUUGUACUAGGCAAGCGGCAAUUUUUUUUUUUUUUUCUUAAAGACGCGUUCAUAUAUUUUUCAUAUUAAACAAUCUUCUCGAUGCAUCGGAGUCAUUUGAUUUUCGAUUUCUCAAAUGUGACAGUAUAUAAAAUUUGACGAUUAGCAGCAACAGGAAGAUCAAGCGGGGUUGACGUUCUUCUGACCGGUAAGGCGCUCUAACUGCAAAAAUAAUACCUCGCAUGUUUUCGACUGUUCAAUCACUUAUAAUAACGAAUAGUGUAAAAAAAAAAAAAACAAUUAGUAUUCCCGUCUUCGAAUCUUUCUUUGUAUCUUCAUUUCUUAAAGUCCACCCCUUCCGCUGUCUAUGUACUCGAACUGC